AUAUAGCACUCUUUACUCCAAGCACCAGAACCACCACCUAGGGUUUCUCCGAUUCUUUAAUCUAUUGAACUCCAAUCCCUAACCCUAGACAAGGAAUUCAUUUUCAUCCUUAUGCGCAAUCAAAAUCAACGGUGAUUUCCCUCGAAUUCCACCAUACUACUAGUACUAGUUUAUCCAAUUCCUCUGUCUCUCUCUCCUUGUCCGUCAAUCUAUGGGGAGCAAAGUCAAGGACGAGCUGGUAUCCACAGUCCGAUCCAUCGUCGGCCUCGAGUACUCCACCAUGGACAUAAUCCGAGCCCUUCACAUGGCCAACGACGACGUCACGGCCGCGAUCAACAUCUUAUUCGACACCACCCCCAGCUUCAAAACCAAAGACAAAUCCGCAACUCGCAACGCAAGCUCCUCGAGAAUUCCAAAUAGCAACGAGACGGUAAACCGCGCAGUGGAUUCGACUUCAUCGGACGGUACUCCAAACCCCGGCAGUGGGGUUAGGAGUGUUGAUAAUAGUACUGAACCCACGAGGGGUUUGAGUUCGAGUCCAAUUGGGAGUGAGUGGUGGCUCGUGGGUUGCGGUGAGGUUUCUGGGCUUUCGACUUGUAAAGGAAGGAGGCUGAAGCCCGGUGAUGAGGUGGGUUUCAAUUUUCCGAUGAAGAGUGCGUCUGCUGCACCCUCGCCGGGGAAGUUUGGUGGUCGCGGGCGACAGGUGGCUGCUUGUUCUGAGAUUGUGAGGUUCUCUACAAAAGACUGUGGGGAGAUUGGUCGAAUACCUAAUGAGUGGGCACGAUGUCUCUUGCCCCUUGUGAGGGAUAACAAGGUCCGAAUUGAGGGUUGCUGUAAAUCUGCUCCCAUUGUAUUGGGCAUUAUGGACACCAUUGUGUUGUCUGUCAGCGUGUACAUCAACAGUUCCAUGUUUCGGAAAAAUCACCAAACUUCGCUCAAAGCAGUCACCAACUCAACUGACGAAACAGUUCAUCCUCUGCCAACCUUGUUCCGCUUGCUAGCACUGACACCUUAUAAGAAGGCAGAAUUUACUCCUGCUGAUUUGUACACAAGGAAGCGACCUUUAAAUUCAAAGGACAGCUCUGAUGGUCCUACUGCACUGCUACACAUCAACAAGUUUAAGACUCAGUCUGUGAAUGGAAAUGAAGUUGAAAAUGAGGAGUCCAUUUCAGAUGCUGAUCUUGAGAAUAUUGUUGGCGUUGUCAAUAGCUCUGAGUUAGAGGAAAUGGAAUCCCCGAGCACUCUUCAAUGUGAACUUCGCUCCUACCAGAAACAGGCUCUUUAUUGGAUGAUUCACUUGGAGAAGGGACAUUGCAGGGAUGAGGCAGCAACAACGCUGCACCCAUGUUGGGAGGCGUAUCGUCUUGCAGACAAGAGGGGGCUUGUUGUCUAUUUGAAUGCAUUUUCGGGUGAUGCUACAAUGGAGUUUCCAAGCACCCUUCAAAUGGCCAGGGGAGGAAUUUUGGCAGAUGCUAUGGGACUUGGGAAGACAAUAAUGACCAUAGCUCUCCUUCUUGCUCAUUCGGAAAGAGGUGGAUCAUUAGAUAGUCCUUCCACGAGUGGAGCCUUCGUUGAGAAUAGCAAUACCGAUGGCAUUUCAGAUCAAUCUCCAACUUUCCUGAGUAAAGACACAAAAUUUUCUGGUUUUGAUAGCCUUGUGAAGCGAAAGUACUCCCUUAUUGGUGGUGGCAAUCUGAUUGUAUGUCCCAUGACGCUUCUGGGCCAGUGGAAGGCAGAGAUUGAAACUCAUGCACAGCCUGGGUCUUUGUCUGUCUAUAUUCAUUAUGGACAAAGCAGACCAAAGGAUGCAAAAAUUCUUGCUCAGAACGAUGUUGUACUAACCACCUAUGGAGUUUUAGCCUCAGAAUUUUCAACAGAGAAUGCUGAAGAUAAUGGGGGACUAUACUCAGUGAGGUGGUUUAGGUUGGUGCUUGAUGAAGCACAUUCCAUUAAAUCUUCUAAGAGCCAAAGUUCUGUAGCUGCAGCUGCACUUACUGCUGAUCGCCGUUGGUGUCUUACUGGUACUCCUAUCCAGAACAACCUGGAGGACAUUUACAGUCUCCUUCGCUUUUUAAGGGUUGAACCGUGGGGGAACUGGGCAUGGUGGAAUAAACUGGUCCAAAAGCCUUUUGAGGAGGGCGACGAGAGAGGAUUGAAGUUGGUUCAGUCCAUCUUGAGGCCAAUUAUGUUAAGAAGGACGAAGUUUAGCACAGACAAAGAAGGCAGGCCAAUUUUAGUUCUGCCUCAUGCAGAUGUUAAAGUGGUAUAUUGUGAACUCACAGAAGCUGAAAAAGAUUUCUAUGAAGCUCUGUUUAAAAGAUCCAAGGUUAAAUUUGAUCAAUUUGUUGAGCAAGGACGGGUUCUCCAUAACUAUGCUUCUAUUCUGGAACUGCUAUUACGGCUUCGCCAGUGUUGUGACCAUCCAUUUCUCGUAAUGAGUCGAGGUGAUACUCAAGAAUUCUCUGAUCUAAAUAAGCUUGCCAAACGUUUCCUCAAGGGCGGUCAGGAUCUUGUCGAAGGGGAGGCCAAAGAUGUGCCUUCACGGGCUUAUAUUCAGGAGGUGGUGGAGGAGUUGCGCAAGGGGGAGGAGGGAGAGUGCCCAAUAUGCCUUGAAGCAUUUGAAGAUGCGGUAUUGACUCCUUGCGCUCAUCGAUUAUGCCGAGAAUGUUUAUUGGCUAGUUGGCGUACUGCUACAUCUGGGCUUUGCCCUGUUUGCAGGAAGACUAUCAGCAAGCAAGAUCUUAUUACAGUGCCUACUGAGAAUCGAUUUCAGAUAGACAUUGAGAAAAAUUGGGUGGAAUCAACGAAAGUUGCUGUUCUGUUGCGGGAGCUAGAAAAUGUUCGCUCAUCAGGCUCUAAAAGCAUCGUUUUUAGCCAAUGGACAGCAUUUUUAGACCUUCUACAAAUUCCUCUCUCUCGGAGUAACAUUCCUUUUGUUCGUUUGGAUGGUACACUGAAUCUACAACAGCGUGAGAAAGUGAUAAAGCAAUUUUCAGAAGAAAGCAAUAUCCUGGUGUUGUUGAUGUCGUUGAAGGCUGGUGGAGUUGGAAUAAACCUAACAGCAGCAUCCAAUGCCUUUGUCUUGGAUCCAUGGUGGAAUCCAGCUGUUGAGGAACAAGCUGUCAUGCGGAUUCAUCGCAUCGGGCAAACUAAAGAAGUAAUGAUCAAACGGUUUAUUGUGAAGGGAACUGUUGAGGAAAGAAUGGAAGCAGUGCAAGCCCGGAAGCAACGGAUGAUCUCCGGUGCUUUAACUGACCAAGAAGUCCGAACUGCACGUAUUGAGGAAUUGAAGAUGCUUUUUACUUGAACUGGGGGAAGUCAGAGCAGAUAUUUUUUGCAACUACUUGGUGGGGUUGAGGGUUUUGCUCCAAUUGCUGUUCAAAUCAAGAUCUUGGAUACAACAACAAAAUGGUAGCUCUUCAUAUUGAGAGAGUGCAUGAAGUUGCAUUCUUCAUCUAUCGGGAGAAGCAAGCAUGUGGAAUUUGGCGGGGAGCCAGGGACAGAAUACCAUUGAUCUGGACUGAUGCGAAGCCCGAGUAUACGUGGUGUGGAGCAUGAAGAUGUCUAGUAACGUCCGAUAAAUUAACCUAUAAUCAUUGAAAUGUUUUUUUGGCAAACAGAGAUGUAAUCUAAUGUAAAGUUGGUUGUAUUAGUGUUAGAUGUACCAAACAGGGAUCCAGCAUUUCCUAACUUUAAUGUUGGACCCAUUGUACAACUUCAUUUGUUAGGAAAUUUCUUUGCAAGGUAAGUUAUUUUCUUUGUGGAUGGGAAGGAUAGUUCAAUGUUUAAAACUUCACCUGUUUAGUUAAUGUUUUCAGAGUGUAUAGGAAACAUUUUUGGUGGAA